CUCUCUUUACAACUGCUGGAGCACUCACAUAUCCCAAGGGAAAGCUUCUGUGUUCCAUCCUGGACCUUCUAGGGGCUACCACGCUUCCCCCAGGGCCGCCGCUCUCACCAUGAGCUUCAGACUCUCAUCUCCCGAGAUCUUGCUCACAGCGCAGCUGCCUUCCACUCACACAGGCCAGAGGGGCUACCUUGUCUCUUCUUAGAGCAACUUCCCACCACUCCCUUGGGGCUCAACCUUCGCUUUGUGUUCUGUAAAAGCCAGCAGUUCUCAAACUUGAGACUGCAUCAGGCACACCUGGAGGGCUUGUGAAAAUCCAGAAUGGUGAGUCCCGCCCCCCAGAGUUUCUGAUUUAAUAGGCCUUGUGAGUAGCCCAGAAUUUGCAUCUCUAACAAGCCUCCAGUGGAAGCUGAGGCUGUCAUCUUCCCAGGCCGCACUUUGAGAACUGCUGUUGAAAGCCAUCAUCACUGAACUUCUUUGCAGAGGUACCUAAAAAUAAUCAAUCCAGAACUGUUCCUUCUCCAAAUGACCACUCUCUGAUGUCUAUCAAGAAAUCCAAAUUAUUUACCAAUUAAUUUAUUGGUAAUUAAGUUCCACCUAUUUCAAAAAAAGUUUUGAGCUAACUCUAAUUUUUGCUUAGCCAUCAGCAGAGAUAGUAAAUUUACCUAGUGCAUUCAGAAAAAUGCUGUUCCUCCCAGGGAAAAUAGUGUUUUCUGUUGCUCCUGAAAUCUGCUGACCUUGGCACUGACUCUGGUCCUCUUACAUUAAGGUGAAGCUGGGGCGGGGUUGGGGAAUCAAGACUGAGAAACCUUGCUGUCCUGCAGCAGAAUAGAGAUACAUGGAAGAAGGAAGACAGAAUCUUGGCUUUGAAGAGAAGUGAGAUGUGAUGUCAAUGAUCCCACUAACACCAAAACCAUCAAACCAGCCUCCUUAAGGGUGGCCCCACCUCCCCACCCUUCCUACUUUUUCUACCAAGCCAAACCCAGAAAUAGAACACGGCUCACUUCUCAGGGCUAUUGCCUCGCCUCAUCUCCAGAGACCACAUCUGCAGCUCCCAAAACAAGGUCUGUUCUGCAGCUGGACAAUUCACUGCUAAAAUCCCAAACCUAAGAGCAGAGCCAAAGCCAGAGGAGAGGAAAGUGACAAUAGGGCCAAAGCCUCAUUCCAGAUUCCAAAUGUCAUUCUGUAGCCCUCGUGCUAUCAACUGCUGCUUGCUGGCUGCAGCCAGGUCCCUGGUCCAUACACAGCCUGCAUCAAGAGCCUGCAGAGACUCGGGGGCUGGAGAUGGGAAACAGAUGGUGGCCUGCGCUUUGUCUUUCCCAAGUUUACAACCUCACCUGGGGAUGGAGGCUGUUCUGAGGGGCCCCAAGAGGCCCCCAUCAUGAAGGGUUUCACAGCCACUCUCUUCCUCUGGACUCUGAUUUUUCCCAGCUGCAGUGGAGGCGGCGGUGGGAAAGCCUGGCCCACACACGUGGUCUGUAGCGACAGUGGCUUGGAAGUGCUCUACCAGAGUUGCGAUCCAUUACAAGAUUUUGGCUUUUCUGUUGAAAAGUGUUCCAAGCAAUUAAAAUCAAAUAUCAACAUUAGAUUUGGAAUUAUUCUGAGAGAGGACAUCAAAGAGCUUUUUCUUGACCUAGCUCUCAUGUCUCAAGGCUCAUCUGUUUUGAAUUUCUCCUAUCCCAUCUGUGAGGCGGCUCUGCCCAAGUUUUCUUUCUGUGGAAGAAGGAAAGGAGAGCAGAUUUACUAUGCUGGGCCUGUCAAUAAUCCUGAAUUUACUAUUCCUCGGGGAGAAUACCAGGUUUUGCUGGAACUGUACACUGAAAAACGGUCCACCGUGGCCUGUGCCAAUGCUACUAUCACGUGCUCCUGACCGUGGCCUGUAGCAAAAAUCACAGCCAGCUGCAUCUCGUGGGACCGCCAAGCUCCUCUGACUGAACCAACUGUGGGAGGAGAAGCAGCCGAUGACAGAGAGAGGCUCUACAAAGAAGCGCCCCCAAAGAGUGCAGCUGCUAAUUGUAGUCCCAGGACCAGACAUCCCCAGACUCCACAGAUGUAAUGAAGUCCCCGAAUGUAUCUGUUUCUAAGGAGCCUCUUGGCAGUCCUUAAGCAGCCUCGAGGGUCCAUCCUUUUUCUCUAAUUGGUCGCCUCCCACCAGACUCACCUGCUUUUCAACUUUUUAGGAGUGCUUCCUCACAGUUACCAAGAAUAAAGAAAGCUGGCCACCA